AUGGAGGAGGUGGACUCCCGGUCGCCGUCCCCACACAAGGCAGUGGACUCCAGCCCCGCCAGCUGCACAGCCCUGCCGUCUCCCCCACUCCAGCAGGAGCCUCCGCCGUCCCCCCUGCCCGAGGAGCUGUCCCCUGGUGAGGGCGACAACCCAGCCUUCAACGGAGAGCUGGACCUGCAGCGCUACUUCAAUGGGCCGGGGCCCGCGCUGGGGGCAGGCGGGGGGCGCAAAGCCCGGCCCUACCCCUGCGCCGUCUGCGGCAAGCGCUUCCGCUUCAACAGCAUCCUAGCGCUGCACACGCGGAUCCACGCCAGCGAGACCCCCUUUACCUGCCCCUACUGUGGGCACCGCGCUGCCCAGCGCGGCCUCCUGCGGCUCCAUCUCCGCUCCCACCGCCCCGAGGCCUGCGCCCGCCUCAGCCACCAGAGCCGCCUGCUGCUGGAGCUGGAGGAGCGGGCGCUGCUGCGGCGGGGCCCGCCAGCCGCCAGCGAGGGGGAGGAAGAAGAGGAGGAAGAGGAGGAGGAGGAGCCCCCCCCGCUGCCUAUCCCCCCACCAGCCCCGCCCCCUGCCCCCCCGUCACCCCCACCGCCGCUGCCUCCCCCCAGCUUCCGCUGCCCCUUCUGCAAAGGCAAGUUCCGGACGGUGGGUGAGCGGGAGCGACACCUGCGGAUCCUGCACCAGCCCUACAAGUGUGGGCAGUGCCCCUUUGCUGCCGCCCAGGAGGGGGAGCUGCAGCGGCACAGCCGGGAGGCCCAUGCCCCGCCGGCACCCCCGGCCCCUGCCGCGCCGCCCCCCGCCGAGUUCCGCUGCCAGGUGUGUGGCCAGGCCUUCACCCAGUCCUGGUUCCUCAAGGGGCACAUGCGCAAACACAAGGACUCCUUCGACCACAAGUGCCAGGUCUGCGGGCGCUGCUUCAAGGAGCCCUGGUUCCUCAAGAACCACAUGAAGGUGCAUCUCAGCAAGCUGGGGCUGAAGGGGGAGCGGGGUGCGGCCGUGCCGGCGGCCGGCGGGAAGCCCAAGGCGCCUCGGGGGCUGCUGCUGGGCUACGAGGCGCUGUACCCUGCCUUCCUGCCGCCACCGGACAAGGCCGAGCAGGGCUCCUUCCUGGGCUACUUGGAGCUGCGCCCGCCGGGCGAUGCCAGCUGCGCCGAGCGGCUCCAGGCCACGGCCCGCGCAGUGGAGAGCGGGCAGGAGGCAGUUGCCCAGCUGUGGGGCGAGCGCCGGCGGCACAACGGGGGUGAGGCGGCCAGGGAAGAGGGUGGCGCCGGCGUGGGACAGCACCGCUGCCCCGAUUGCGCCCGGGCCUUCGCCACCUACCAGCAGAUGGCCCUGCACAGCCGCAGCCACCGGCCCCAGGAUGGUGACUGGGCCAGGGGCCGGGCCCUGGGGGCGCUGGCCUCACUCCAUGCGGCAGCGGGACACGGGCUGCCCACGGACGGCGGGGGCGGCUCCAACGCAGGCACCGGCUGGGGCACGGCCCUACCCAGCCCGGGGAUACAGGAGGAGAAGGGGCUGCGCAGCGGGGCCCUGCGUCCGGAUGGGGGCCGUGGCACGUCAGGCAAAGACUGUCCCUACUGCGGGAAAACCUUCCGCUCCUCCCACCAUCUCAAGGUGCAUCUGCGCGUCCACACAGGCGAGCGCCCGUACAAGUGCCCACACUGCGACUACGCUGGCACCCAGUCUGGCUCUCUCAAGUACCACCUGCAGCGCCACCACCGUGAGCAGAAGAACAGCGCUGGUGCAGGCGUGGCCGGGGCCUUGGAGCCACGGGGCCACACCAUUCCCAGUGCCCCCGCCAAGCCGCCCGCCUUCCCGCCGGAGCUGCUGCUGCAGGCAGCCGAGAAGUACCGCGGGGCCUUCCUGCCGCAGGCCUGGGGCACGGCCAGCCAUGAGCCCCCGGCCCGGCCGUCCCGCCGCAAGCCGGCCUGCACUGGCCGAGCCCUGCGCAAUGGCCGGGCCGACUUUGAGCCCCUGGACCUGUCGCUGCGGCCGGCGCUAGAGGGGGUGCCGCCUGGUGAGCUCACCCUGCACCGAUGUCUCUUCUGCCCCUUUGCCACCUCCGCACCUGAGCUCAUGGCUCUGCACCUGCAGGUCCACCACAGCCGCAAGGCCCGGGGGCGCCGCCCUGUCACGGCCCCCCCCGCACGGCCCCACGCCUGCCUGGGGCAGGACGGGGAGCAGCCCCCACCACACCCCCAGGACGAGGGGCCUGGAGUUGGGGAGGAGCCCCCCACUGCCGUGGCCCGCAUGUCCCAACAGCCCCCCGGAGCCCCCAUGGACACGGAGCCGAGUGAGAGGCAAGGGGAGCUGGAGCUGGUGCUGGCUUGA